UUGUGCAAAUUUUUUGACAGUUUACUCCGUGCGCUCUAAAUUAUAAGUGGCAUAACAUAACAAAAAAGAUCCUAUCAAAUCGCUCAAGCAAAAUUGUUUGUAUUCAGCACGAAUCUUUUGGCUUUUAUAAAGUAUAAUUGUAAGUAUUCUUCGAGCUUUGCGGUACAAAAGAUGGAAAUGAAACAAAUCAUUGAAACACAGGAGACCGACAAUGGACCAGUUCGAUUACCGGUGGACAGAGAAAAUCACACUUACGAUGAUUGGAACAUCUCGUACACAAAAUCACACAUUUUGAAAAGCGUCUGCAUUAAUAAUAAUACAUGCGUACGAGGAGAGCCAAACUGUUGCGAGCUUUGUGUGUACAAUUACGCCCUCAAACUGCCACACUUGCCAGACAUGGUGUUCCAUAAGAAUAUUCUAGUGAUAAGCCAUAAAUCUGGUGCUCGGUUAGAGUUCAAUCCAAUCGAUGCGCUCAAGUUGGUGAGAAACGAAAAAUUAGACAUUAAAGUUGCUUGUUCGGAUGAGUGGAAAGAGAGCCGACCGGCGGCGGAUACACAAGAAAAGGUAAAGCCAUUCGAUUGGACCUUCACCACCGAGUACCGUGGAACCGUCAACAAAAAGUUUCGGGUGGAGGAAACCGACCAGAAGAUCGACAUUUUUAAGCUCAUGAGAAGGGAACCAAUCUAUUUUUACCACGAUUUGACUCUGUUCGAAGAUGAAUUGCAUGACCAUGGAAUUUCGGUGUUGAACGUGAAGGUGCGCGUCAUGCCCUCGGGCUUCUACAUCUUGCAGCGUUUCUUUCUUCGUGUGGAUCAAGUAUUGAUACGUAUUAACGACACUCGUUUUCAUUAUGAAAAAGGCAAUAACUACAUCUUGAGGGAGUAUACCCACAGAGAGGCGAAGGUUGAGCAGCUCAAACAUGUUCCACCGGCGCUUUUCAUCAGUCCAAAUGAAAUCGCCGAGCAGCUACCAGUGAUUUCCAAGGUUAAUGAGAAACUUACAAUUAUUGGCGACGGGGAGUAGCCAGCGGUCAUCAUAAAUUAGGAAUAGACAAAUUAGCAGUUCAUGGACUACUGCUGCUGCAGUCGCCCAUGCAUAUAUUGGUCUUUUCACUCGUUUGUCCGACCUUGUUUUUGUGUCAAAAGUAACGAAAUGAAUGCUCCGAAUAUACCUUUGAAUCGAGA